CCGAGUCGUUUUUCUAAGUGUUUUCCUUUUGUAAUUGUAAAUUUUAACCGGUAGGAACUUUCUGUUCGGAAUGACAUUGUUAGACCAUUAUCGCAGCUUGUCCUCAAUUUGCGCUAAAAAUUUGAAAACUGUUCUAUACGGUAAAACAUCAAUCGCGCUCCAAAACGAAAUUUACUCGUACCUGCGAACCCAUCCUGCUUUUGGAGAACGACCUUCAAUAGAAGGGAAAACCCUCUCCCAGUUUCGAUUGGAGACUUUCAGAAGGACUAAAGCGUUGUUCGCGAGCAAGUUCAUGACUUACGAUCGGAUGUUUGAGGACGUGAAUAACUACGUGGAGUUCAACACUUGUGUGGGAAUGUAUGAUUGGUCGUGUCUGGCCAAGUAUGUAUUGUCAUGGCAGUUUGUAGGACUGACUUUGCAUGUCCUGGGCACGGAACAACACAAGAAGUUCAGAGAAGACAUCGAAUCCAUGCGAAUCUACGGCUCAUUUGCAAUCACAGAACUAACUCAUGGGAGCAAUAUGCGAGGUAUUCAAACCACGGCCACUUACGACCCAAAGACCAAAAGCUUCAUCUUGAACACCCCUUCUUUGGAAUCUGUGAAAUGUUGGGUGGGAAACUUAGGAACUACCGCUACUCACACUCUGCUGUUCGCUCAGUUGUAUACUCAGGGAACUUGUCAUGGAGUCCAUAUGUUUCUGGUUCCAGUGAGGAGCACUAACAACUUGACGCCCCUCCCAGGUAUUCUAGUGGGGGACAUGGGGUCCAAAUUGGGACUCCAUGGAGUGGACAAUGGGUUCAUGGCAUUGAGGGGAGUUUCGGUUCCAAGAGAGAAUCUCCUCAAUAGAUUUUCAGAUGUGAAAGAAGAUGGAACAUACGUGUCGCAAUUCAAAGACGCAGAAAAGAGACUAUCCGCGAGUUUAGGCGCACUGCUCAUGGGUCGAGUCGCUAUCAUCGGCAUAUCGGUGGCCAAUAUGCGAUGUGCUCUCGUCAUCGCCCUCCGAUUUUCUAGUCAGAGACAACAGUUCUUCAGUGACCCAGAGAAGAAACAAGAAACUACUGUAAUCGAGUACCCAACUCAGCUGAUCCGACUGGUUCCCAACUUCGCCAAGUUCUUUGUCUAUGAACGAUUCUCAAGGCGCCUUUUUGAUCACUUCCAUGAGAACCUAAAAGCUAAUGUCAAAGGCGAGCUGAAAGAAUCCGAUGAAAUCGUUGGCCGAAAUCUGCAUGUGUUGUCGUGUGGAGCGAAAGCUGUCGUUACGUCGUGUGCGCAAAAUGUCAUUCAGACAUGUCGUGAAACUUGUGGAGGUCACGGAUUUCUAUCUCACUCAAAUUUGGGAAAGUUGAGAGAGGAUAACGACCCACAACUAACUUAUGAAGGAGAUAACUAUGUAUUAAUUCAGCAGCUGAUAGGCUACGUUUUGAAGAACUACAAAAAGAACGGAGUCUUGAAGAUAUUCGACUUUGAGCUGAAUGAGAAAAUUGAGAUGUUUCCAAAGUCAAUCGGAAGUUUGGAGAAUUUCUCGGACCUGGAGAAAGCAAUGCGAGGCUUAGUCUUUGUGUUGCUGAAACUUGGUAGUUUGCAUAAUGAGCAUUCAAAGUUGGAUCUGGCUAAAAGUGUUGUAAAUGUGAUCGCGUUCCACUGGUUUCUGAAGUGGCUGGAAUCUGUUCCAAAAUCACCGGAACACGAGUUUCUUUCUCAGAUGGGACAGUUGUUUGCGGUUCAGACGCUGUAUGAAAAUGCGUCCUAUCUCUACGAUGCGAAUAUUCUCCAGUCCAAAGAUUUGAACAGACUUCAAAUUCGAAUUGAGUGUCUGAAUGAAGCUCUGAAGAAGAACCUAGUGACGGCAGUAGACGCUGUAGCGCCUCCCGAUUUCGUCUUGAAUUCGUCUCUCGGCAGUUCGGAAGGAAACUUGCAUGAUAAUAUUGUGCAGCAGAUUCUCAAUGCAGACCAUUCUAGACCUUCGUGGUGGAAAGAAGCAGUUAAUUUUGAUUCACUCGCUAAAAUGUAAAAAAGCUGAAAAUUAGAU